AUGCUGUUGAUCCAGCUGACAAAUCACAGACGAACGAAGACUCAAAUUAGCUUUCAUCACACGCCGAACAGUCCGAAGAGAGUUAAAACAGUAAGUGAUCUCCGGUGUGGACAUGGUAAACAGAUUGACCUGGGUAAAAUACCAGCCUACUCCGCAUGGACGCAGAGAACACUGGUUGCCAUGGACUGGCAGACUGCGGACAAGAACUGCGAUUUCUACCUUUAUUCCGCGUACAGAGAUCAGAUCGCCUGGAAGAUACGCAUUAUGGGAUUAAGUCGACGAUUAAACGGAUCCGUCUCAAUACGCUGUUACAUAUGGAAGACUCGUGCGACCAGAAAACCGGAAAUAUCAGUUGGGGAUAUUAAAUAUAUUUCUGGUGGAAAAAACAGGUACACUGGUACGAUUACCUCAUGUCCAGUCAAGAAAGGACAAAGACCUUUUGCCGUGUCAGUUACUGUAAAUGAUUUUAAAAAUGUCACCAACAUCAUAGAGGUCAGAUACCCAGACAGGAAAAGGACGGACAUAACCGUGUGUAUACCCGUGGUACAUUCGAACUUCAGAGAAACGAAUAAGACCAUCUCUAUCAUUGAAACGAACAGACUUCUCGGUGCGCAGCGAUUUGUUAUUUACUACUCAAGUGCUUCGCCGGACGUGAAUACCAUUUUGGACACAUACGUGAACGAUGGCCUGCUUGAGAUUGUAAACUGGGCUCUGCCAGUACGAAACGCUCAUUACUACGGGCAAGAUGUUGUAAACAACGACUGUCUGUACAGAAACAUGUUCGUCUCCAGAUACAUCAUGUUCGCUGACUUGGAUGAAGUAAUAAUGCCUAAAAAACACGCCGACUUGCGAAGUUAUAUUAAGAGUGUUGAAAGAAAAUUCCCAAAUGUUGGAUCGCUUUUGUUCCAGAAUGCAUUUUUCUGCACUAACAGUGAAUGGAAGCCGGAUACAGACGGUCUCUCGAACUCUGCCGACGUUCAGAAGUAUGACGUGACGCCGCUGUUGCGAAUACGUCGAGACAAAACAGAGUUUCCAUGGAAAAGAAGAAGCAAACAGAUCGUGAUAUCCGAGCGAGUCUCCGCGGUCAGGAUUCACCUGAUUGACAAAGACAUGUACAGAGCUGGGUUUAAGGUCCAUCUGGUCUCCCCUGACGACGGACUGCUACACCACUAUAGGUUUUGUCGUGGAGUGACGGAAACCGCCAGAGACGACAGAGUUAGAAUACAUUCUGAUCAGUUAUUGGCCAAUGUCAAACAUCGACAUUUGACUAUUAAACAUGAAACGUAACACGGUUUAAAAUACAUCAACAUUUGACUGUUCAAACGUUGAACGUAAUAUACUUUAAAAUACAUCGACAUUUUGACUAUUAAACGUGGAACGUAACAUGGAUUAAACUACACUGACAUUUGACAAACGUGGAACGUAACAUAGUUAAAAAGAAAUCGACAUUUGACAAUUAAACGUGGAACCUAACAUAGUUUAAAAUUAAUCAACAUUUGACAGUUAAACGUGGAACGUAACAUGUAUUAAAAUACAUCGACAAUUGGCUAUUAAACGUGGAACGUAACAGUUUAAAAUAAAUCGACAUUUGAAUAUUAAACGUGUAACAUGACAUAGCUUGAAAUAAAUAUGAUUGUAGACAAAGGUAAUUUGGGAUCAGUGGUAUAGGGUCUUCUCCUGGUAGACAAAUGGGGCUUUUUGAAACUAAAAGGGCACGUAGGAUGGAACUGCCACCUUGACCUCCUUCUUUGGUGAACCAAUACAGCUGCUGCUGCUAUUGAUGAUUUCUAUAA